AUGAACCCUUUGGACGUGUCUAGCUUCAAUCAUCGAACAGAGAAGCUCUCUACCGGUCGGGAGUAUCACUUCAUCGAUCAAUUACCAGUGGACUACAAGAAAGGACGAACACCGACGUUGCUUUGUGUCCAUGGCUUUCCAGAUUGCUGGUAUGGAUGGAGGUAUCAAAUAAAACCUUGGGUACAGCGAGGUAUUCGUGUUGUCGUUCCAGAUAUGUUAGGCUAUGGCGAGACAGACAAACCUGAUAAUCCGGCAGAGUAUUCCACGAAACAUCUUUGUGCGGACUUAUCUGCAAUCCUGGAUCUUCUCGCAAUUAAGAAAGCUGUCCUCAUUGGCCAUGAUUGGGGAGCUUAUACUGUCAGCCGAUUUGCCCUGUGGUAUCCGGAUCGUUUACUGGCUUUAGUAAUACUAUCUGUCCCAUACAGCCCGCCAACGCUAGAAUACGUACCUGUGAAAACGAUCGCAAAAAUGGCUCCCAACUUGAGCUAUCAAGCUUACUUUGAAGAACAACGUUCUACAAAGGAGAUAGAAUCCAACCUCAACAAUUUCUUGCGAGUCAUCUACCGGGGCCCAAAUCCUACCCAACGUCUCAAAAUAUCACAACUAUACAAAGGCCCUGAAGUUCUUUCAAGAAUUCACGAACUUGAUUUUUACAAUAGAGUCUUCCAGCAAGGUAUGAACGGCCCAUUAAACUACUACCGCACAGCAUUCUAUCGGCAUGAAGAGGAACUCGCCGCCAAACUCUCGCCUAAUCUCCCGCCAGACCUCCCCGUCCUAUUCAUCUGGGGUACCGGAGAUACUACCACAACAUCUUCAUUGAUCCACAAAGCACAUAAAUUCAUUCCUCGGUUGCAAGACUUCGCUCUGGAAGAGAAAGGUCAUUGGAUUUUGGUCGAGGCAAGAGAUACCAUAACCGAUAAAAUCGCGCAGUGGUUGGAGGAUCUUGCGAUGGAAGCCCGACGGGAAAAAGCACAUUUGUAA